AUGAUAAAGUGUGUAAAAUCUGUGGUCAAAUUUAGUGGCAAUAUUAUAGCAGCUAUUGGUUUAGUUAUAUUAUGUUUUGGACUUUUUGUGUUAUACAAUGAAGUCGGAUUAGAUUAUUAAGGUAUUAACUAAAUUUUUAGAAAUAGAUCUAUAUUAUAAUUCUGCAGAUUGGUUAAAAACAUUACAAGAAUAUGGGUUUAUUAUUAUAGGAACUGUGAUCUUUUUAAUUGGUUGUACAGGAGUACAUGGAGCAAGGUAAAAGCCAAAAUGUUAGAAGACUUGCUUAAUGAUUUAUUAAAUUGGAGCUAUAACAUUUUUUAUGAUAUGUACAAGUUUAGCUAUAUUCACUUUGUUAUAUUCAAAUGAUAUUUUUGGAAAAGGUAAUCAAUUAAAUAUUUAAUAACUUUUAGAAUGUAAAGGUACUGUCUACUUUGAGGAAAUAGAUUCUCAAAUCAAAUUAGCAGAUUAACUCUUAUGUUCAAGUUAAUGUUAAUGUUAUAUCACUUAAGAAACUUUAAAUCUUAAUUAAAAAGCCUUUGCAGGAAAAAACUAUACAACUAAAGAAGAUCUUGAAAUAAAAAUAAAAUAGGUCUAAAAAUGUCCAUCAUACUAAAUUGAUUAAUAUGCUGCUUCUGCUUAAGUUAUGUAGGCAGCUGAAAAAUUAUUACAUUGUAGUGGAUGGUGCAAUCCUACAAAAUAUUAUAUUUUUAGUGAUAUCAAUGAUAAUUCAAAUGAAGGAUAGAGUUGUUUUAAGGAAACAAAGUAUUUUGUAGAAUCAACAGGAAAAAUCAUGGGUUAUAUAUUAUUAGGAUUAGGAAUAUUGUUUGGUUUGAAUGUUUUUUUAGUGAUCCUAUUAUGUUGUAAAAAAGAAAAUAGAAAUAGAAUUGAUUAUCUCAUGUAUGAAACUUGA